AUGGGUGAGAUCAACAAAGACGCCAAGUUAUUACCCAACAUCACACUGGGAGCCAAAAUCUAUGACAAUUUUUUCAAUGCAAUAAGGACUUACUGGACCACUCUGGAUCUGCUAUUCAGAGGACUGAGGAAUCCUUCUACUUACAAAUGUAACAGGAGAGAGGAACCCAUGGCUGCUCUUGGUGGGCUCAACUCCCAAACAUCCAUCCAGAUGGCCAACGUCUUAAAUAUCUUCAAGAUUCCACAGCUCAGCUAUGGCUCCUUUGAUCCAGUGUUGAGUGAUAAAAAUCAGUUCCCUUCUUUCUACCGGAUGGUCCCAAAUGAAGAUCCUCAGUAUGUCGGGAUUGUUGGGCUGCUCAAGCAUUUUAGAUGGAAUUGGAUUGGCCUCAUUAUCUCAGAGGAUGACAGCGGAGAAACUUUCCUUCGGACCCUCAGACCAAGGCUCCUGCAGAACACUAUCUGCAUUGCUUGGACUCAAGUGAUCCCAACAGUGACACAAUAUUUACCAAAUAAAAUAAUCCAAGAAAAAUUGCUCCCAAUUAGUAAUACCCUCUUUUUGAGUGACAUCAAUGUGAUCCUUGUGUAUGGGGAUGGUCAGUCUGUGGAGGGUUUUCGAAUGGUUUUGUAUUCAGCUGAGAUCCUUAAAAAGCGCCCAUUGGAAAGAGUAUGGAUCAUAACUGCUCAAUGGGAUUUCACUGCUGUAUCCAAUGGGGCAAUGCUCACCACAAGGACUUUCAACGGCACCUUGUCAUUUACAUUCCAUACAAAUCUGGUGCCAGGAUUUCAGGACUUUCUUGAGAGCAUCAAUCCGUUUCAGUCAACGAUUUAUUUCAUCCAGGAGUUCUGGAUUAGUGCAUUUCUCUGUUCGCUCCCCCAAUAUAAUCUUUAUGUGCCAAACAAGGAAAGCUGCACUGGGGAGGAGAAGCUGGGAAGACUCCCUGGACCUUGGUUUGAAAUGGGAAUGUCCGGCCAGAGUUACAGUAUCUACAAUGCUGUUUAUGCUGUAGCACAUGCUCUCCAUGCCAUGGAUUCAUCGAGAGCCCUGAAGAGAGCAAUGGGAGAGAGGGGGAAAUGGAGCCUCCUGAACGUUCAGCCGUGGCAGCUUCACUCUUUUCUCAGGAACAUCAGAUUUAACAAUAGUGCAAACGAAGAAAUAUCCUUUGAUGAGAAAUGGGAGCUUGCAAGUGGAUUUGAUAUCAUCAACCUGGUCACAUUUCCCAACCAAUCCUUCCAGAGACUCCGAGUUGGAGAGAUGGACCCACAAGCUCCUGCAGGCAAAGAGUUCAAAAUCAAUGCAAGUGCUGUUACAUGGAACCCCAAGUUUAAGCAGAUGCUGCCCAUUUCUACCUGUGUCGAGAGCUGCCGCCCUGGACAGAGCAUGUUUAUCCAGCAGGGACAACAACUCUGUUGCUAUGAUUGUGUUCAAUGUGCUAAAGCAAUGAUUUCGAUAAAGAUAGAUGCAGACCAAUGUGAGAAGUGCCCAGAAGAUCAGUAUCCAAACAAGAACCAGGAUCAGUGUAUUCCUAAAGUCAUAAGUUACUUAGCCUAUGAGGAGCCUUUGGGGGCAGUUCUUGUUUCCUCGGCUCUUUUCCUUUCUGUAAUCACAGUUGUGGUGUCGUGGAGCUUCAUUCAACAUCAAAAUACUCCCAUCGUCAAAGCCAACAACUGGAGCAUCACGUGUGCCCUGCUCUGCUCUCUGCUGCUCUGCUUCCUCUGCUCCUUCUUGUUCAUUGGGAGGCCUGGGAUGGUCACUUGCCUUCUGAGGCAGACUGUGUUUGGCAUCAUCUUCUCCAUUGCAGUUUCUUGUGUGUUGGCCAAAACCAUCACUGUGGUUUUGGCCUUCAUGGCCACAAAGCCCAGGAACAGAAUGAGAAAGUGGCUUGGGAAGAGGCUGGCAGUAUCAGUCAUCAUUCUCCCUUCUCUUCUCCAAGCUGGCAUCUGUGCAGUGUGGUUUGUAAUCUCUCCCCCCUUCCCAGAGUUUGACAUGCAGUCCCAGAUUGGGCAGAUCAUAGUGCAAUGCAAUGAAGGCUCAGACAUCAUGUUCUACCUUGUCCUGGGCUACAUCAGUUUCCUUGCUAUCGUCAGCUUCACGGUGGCUUUCUUUGCCAGAAAGUUGCCCGAUACUUUCAAUGAAGCCAAGCUGAUCACCUUCAGCAUGUUGGUGUUCUGCAGUGUUUGGGUGUCCUUUGUGCCCACCUACCUAAGCACCAAGGGGAAAUACAUGGUGGCCGUGGAGAUCUUCUCUAUCUUGGCCUCUGGAGCUGGCUUAUUAGGUUGUAUCUUUCUUCCCAAAUGCUACAUUAUUAUAUUUCAACCUGAGUUAAACACUAGACAGCAGUUGGUGAGGAAAAAGAAUGAACAGCUUUGA